AUGACUUCUGUGAAACUGGAAUCGAUAGUUUGCAAUGAACCUGACGAAUCAGAGCUGAAUUUCAGUGAUAAUGGUAGUAGUAGUAAGAACGUUGUCUAUCAACUUCUCGAUCAAAUCCACAAUCAUGACAAGAUUUCUGAACGUAGAGGCUUAAGUGAAAGGUUUCUUAGAUGGAGAAGGAGAUAUCUUCCUGUUGAUGGAGAUAACAGACGUGACCACGGGUCAGGGAAACAGUCAGGACCACUCGUGUCUGGAACAGCUUACUGCAUUUCUUCCUGCAGUAUGAUAAUAAUGAACAAAAUUGUUCUCUCUAGCUAUAAUUUCAACGCAGGAAUCUCUUUGUUGUUAUAUCAAAACUUAAUCAGCUGUUUGGUGGUAGCUGGACUAGAUUUAUCUGGAGUAGUUUCAGUAGAGAAGUUUAACUGGAAGUUGAUCAAAGUAUGGAUGCCUGUCAAUGUUAUCUUUGUGGGUAUGCUGAUCUCGGGGAUGUACAGUUUGAAAUACAUAAACGUCGCUAUGGUGACUAUUCUGAAGAAUGCGACAAAUAUUAUUACAGCAAUAGGGGAAGUAUACAUGUUUCGCAAAAGGCAGAACAACAAGGUUUGGGCUGCAAUGUUCAUGAUGAUCAUUUCUGCAAUCAGCGGAGGUAUCACAGAUCUUACAUUCAAUACAGUAGGGUACACAUGGCAGUUUGCCAACUGCAUUCUAACCGCAAGUUAUUCACUUACUCUUCGUCGAGUCAUGGACAAAGCAAAGCAGUCAACAAAAUCUGGCUCUCUUAAUGAGGUGUCAAUGGUGCUGCUGAAUAAUCUCUUGUCAAUACCUUUUGGCAUUAUCUUGAUCAUCUUACUGGGUGAAUGGAGAUACGUAAUAAGCACGGAUGUGACAAAAGAUGCAAUGUUUUGGGUAGUCGCAACAGCAAGCGGCUUCCUUGGUCUAGCCAUCAGCUUCACUUCUAUGUGGUUCUUGCAUCAAACCGGACCCACAACAUACAGUCUGGUGGGUUCAUUAAACAAGGUUCCAAUAUCACUAGCUGGACUUGUACUCUUCAAUGUCCCUCUCAGUCUCCCAAAUUUGUUCAGCAUACUUUUUGGUUUAUUUGCUGGAGUGUUCUUUGCAAGAGCUAAAAUGUCAUAA